AUGCAACAACAACCACAACAAAUGCAGGAGCAACCACAACAAAUGCAGGAGCAGCCACAACAAAUGCAACAACCCCAACAAAUGCAACAACAAAUUGUAUGCAGGAAGCAACUUUCAAUGCAAAAGAAAAGGCAAAUUGUAGAUGCAAUAUUGAUGAAAAUGAACAAUGGCAUAUUACCUAGGGGUCACUUGAAGCAGUUAUCAACUCAAUUCAACGUACACAAAUCAACAACAACAAGAAUAUUCACAGAUUUAAAGAAACAGCUGGCAGAAGGGGACAUGAUUGAUGUCAGGACUAAAAAAAUUGGCAGAACAGGGAGAAAGCCAAUGGACAUUUCUGAUGAAAUUCUACAAUCAGUCCCAUUACAUUUAAGGCAGACUGAAAGGAGCUAUGCAGGAGCACUGAAGAUCAGUCACAACACAGUUCACAAUUUGAAGAGGAGAGGAAGGCUAAGAACACACACAACCUGCAACAAGCCAGCACUGUCAUCAGACCAUAAGGUGGCCAGACUUAGAUGGAUUUUGUCACACAUAAAUCCAUUUACAGAAAAUCAGGACCCCACAUUUGUUGACAUGAGGAAUGUCAUUCACUGUGAUGAGAAGUGGUUCUACUUGAACCCUGAUAAAAGGAGGUUCUAUCUACUGCCAAGUGAGGAGGAUCCUUACAUGGCAGUUCAGUCAAGAAGAUUCAAGCUGAAAGCCAUGUUCAUGGCAAUUAUAGGGAAGCCAUUAUAUGGCAUAGAUGGAGAAAUGUUACAUGAUGGGAAGUAUGGCAUCUUCCCAUUCACUGUGCAGCAAUUAGCAUAG